UAUAUCGGCGUCACUCAGACACACCAAAAAGUGCGAAACACCUUCACACUCACACACUCUUUCCCCAUUCACCAAACUGAAUUUUGCAGAGAUGAGUGUAGAGGGGAAGAGAUCUCCGUCCGAUUCCGAUGACCGGAAAGCCGCCGCAGCCCUACUAAUAAAGAUGAGUCAAGAGGGGAAGAGAUCUCCGUCCGAUAACCAGAAAACCGCCGCACCGUCGUUACCCACUUCCACUUCCACCACCAAAAAAGUCGUAAUCAAAAGUGCCGAUAUGAAGGAAGAUAUGCAAAAUGAAGCCGUCAAUAUUGCCGUUUCCGCGUUUGAGAAUUGCAGUGUGGAGAAGGAUGUUGCGGAACAGAUUAAGAAGGAGUUUGAUAAGAAUCACGGUCCUACGUGGCACUGUAUCGUCGGAAAAAACUUCGGGUCGUACGUGACUCAUGAGACAAAUCACUUUGUUUAUUUCUAUUUGGAAUCGAAGGCGGUGUUGCUGUUCAAAUCCGGCUGAGCAUGCUACUGCUUACAUAUCAUCGUGUGGUAUCGGAUUCUACUAGUUCAUGCAAAUCGCCUAUUUCUCCUUUUUUGAAAGAAAAACCUCCAGGUUUAUUCAGUCUUUCACUGUCUUUGGGUGUUUAUAAAUCGUUGACAGUAACAAAUUUCAUCGUUCUGUCGUCUAUGGGUGUUUAUAAACCGUUCAAACCUACCAAACGAUGUAACUUAUCAUUCUAGCAUGUGUCGCUUAUUUCCUUAUCA